ACACACAAUCUCCAUUCACUUCAGACAUGCACGAAACCGAAAUCAGCCGGCAUUUUAAAACGAUGAAAUAGACACUGAUUUAGUGAUUUCUUAAUUAACUUACUGCUACAUGUUGCUGCUGGUAGCCAUGAUGUACUCGUCUGUUGUGAUAAUGAGUGUGAAAAUUGUGAUUUGGCGGCUCUUAAGGCCGAAAAACUUGUCUUUGCCACCCUGCUAAACAUGGCGAUGUGAAAUUCUUCCAGGGGUCACGCACACUGCACUGCUGUUCGGAAUGUAUCGGCACAUUUCGGAGCACCCGAGCGAUGUCGUGCGAAAAGGGUCAAGUACCACGUGACAGCCUAGCUAAGCUGUGAAUGGCUGCAGCUGAUCCAAUGCGAUUAUUGAUAUUUUUGGUAGCGCGUGAAAUGAAUGAAUGAACGGGCCGUUGGAUUCGACAGAACUACGUUACAAAGGCAACUGAAUAUUUGAUUUUCUAGGUGUAGUGGUGGACUAUAGCUAGAUCAACCUUCCCAAAGUUUCCUGAUUGAAGUGAGAGCAUCGCCCCGUCAUGACGACCCUGGCGAGGAACCCCAAGUCUCUGGUGGCUGCCUUCGAUGAAGUUGUCCACUAUUCAUCCAUUUUGUCAAAAGGAUGCGAAGAAGAGUUUAUGAUCUGUGUGAAGAACCAGGAGGAGUGUCGGACGAGAUUGCUUGCCGUCGAACAGGAUAGGAUGGGAGGAAGGGAAAAGAGUAUGAAGCUGGGAGCCGAGAGGGAUGCACUCCUAACCAAACUCAAACAUGCAAGAAAUCAGUUAGAAUCUGAGAUGUCAAGGAGGAAGAAGGCUGAAUCAUCACAAGAAGAUCUAGAACGCCAGAUUGCCCUGAUCCGCGAACUCCUCACCAAUGACAACAACAAGAUGAACACGCUGACCGAGAAGGAGCGUGAAUCGCUCAUGUUCCUCAGCCACAACGCAGGACCGCCGCAGCCGGGCUCCCCCCACAAGCGUCUCUCUUGCAUCAACGAGAAGUCUGCUGACCUUCUGUCGGGCUCUGACCUUGACCUAGAUCACACGGAAGAGGAGCUGGACGUGUCGAUCUUGAGAGACGGCAAGAAGUGGCAUCGCAAGAAGAGGAAACCAAGUGCCCCACCUUUGGAAGAGGACCAUACGCCACCAAGGAAAAAGCGAUUGAGUCAUGACACAUCAAUUGUAACGACAGUGACAGUACCCCACGACCAUGGCCCCAUCAUAGCUACUACCAACGUGGAGAAGAGCAAUAGAUACAGGAGAAGCAUGAGUGAGUCCGCUCUUCCCCCGAAAGAGGAAGAGCACUUCCUGUGGAUGUCACCGAUCCAGCUACGGACACCAGGAAACAAGAGAGCCAGGAUACACACAUUCUGUACAAAGACGGUCAUCAAACCAGAGUCAUGUGACCCGUGCGGAAAGAGAAUCAAGUUUGGGAAGUAUGCAUUGAAAUGUAAAGAUUGCAGAUUAGUCUGUCAUCCAGACUGCAAAGAUAAUGCCUCCUUACCAUGCGUGCCAACAGCAGGAACACCAAACAAGGCUAGGGCGUCAGCUCUCGAUGAGUUCACACCGGAAAAUCCUCCAUACGUCCCUUCGCUAGUGAUUCAUUGCGUAAAUGAAAUUGAAAUGAGAGGCCUGACAGAAGAGGGCAUUUAUCGCUUAUCAGGCUCAGAAAGAGAGGUCAGGGAAUUGACAGAGCGACUUAACAUUAAGAACGACCCUCAACUUGAGAAGGUUAGAGACAUCCACUCUGUCUCCGGUGCACUCAAGCAGUUCCUCCGCAAUCUUCCCGAGCCUCUGGUCACCUUUGAACUCCACCAGGCUUUCAUGAAGGCUGGAGAACUGAAUGAUAUCGAUGAGAGUACCACCGCUAUGUACCAAGCCGUGAGUGAGCUACCACACCCGAACAGAGACACCAUGGCGUACAUCAUAACACAUCUUCAAAGAGUGUCUGAGAGUCCGGAGUGUAAGAUGCCUGUUUCUAAUCUGGCCAAGGUGUUUGGACCAACGAUCAUAGGGCAUGGGUGCCCAGAUCCAGAUCCUAUGCUGAUGCUCAGUGACACCAGGACGCAACCAUUGGUUGUUGAGAGGCUGAUGUCACUCCCGGCUGAUUUCUGGAAAUCUUUCAUCAACUUUGAGACCGACACAGAGAACUCUACCAUCUACGCCAACCGUCACAGGACCCCUGGAACACCCGGCCAGCCAAUUCACACCAGUAUGCUUGGGCCAGUACGCACACCGGGCAAGACACCCGGGAAGACGCCCUCUAACAGCAGCCUUGGAAAGGCCAAGACAUUCCUCGGCAAGUCCUCACUCACUCCAAGCAUGAAGAAAACUACCGAUAAGAAGUCUUCUAGCAUCACAUCAAGUCUGAAGAAAACCUCGUCUUCCAAAAUGAGCGUCAAUACUAGCUCUGCCAAAAAGUCGAUUGGUGGGAUAACAAGGUUUGGCAGCAAGAGUGAACGCAGCAAGAAGGGCACUCAUUUCUUCGCUUCUCCGACACUCCGCUAGACCAUCAACAAGUUAUCGAGGUAAUCCGGCACAACGCAACCUUGGACCUUCCGCAGCAUUUUAUGAUGGUGGCCUCAGCAGUAAAGAAUGAUUACAGAAUGGCUGACGCAGCUAUAGUUACAUAGAGAGAUCAUUUUGCUAUCAGAUUAUAACUCAGAAAUGGUCUGUUGAAGAUUUUAUUUUAUUUUGAUUACUUGCUUUAUAGUUAUAGUUAUAUCUUGUGACAAUGAACGACAAACACUACAAAAUUAAGGAAAGGCUAUUGUUGAUAUUCAAGAUUAUAUCCUACACAUACUCAGAAUGUUUUUGGACUGAUUGAUGAAAAGCGGAUUUGCCGAUCAAGCCUAAGUUUGUAUCUUUAAUCAAGUUUGUUGCACUGUAAUAACAUACCUAUUAUCACUUAAAUGCAUGAAAACAUUCCUCAUGUGCAUGAUUUAAGCAAAACACGGCUAUGAAAACUCACGUACUUCUGUUAUCGGAAUGUUAAGAUGUGAGUUGUGCUUUAUUUCAGUGAAUAAGAUUUUAUACAAGGUCAUGUUAAUUGCAUUUCUUUUUCAUGCACCUUUCAUCUUGUAUGUUAACAUUUUUCAAAGGUAACAAAGACCUGUCAGCAGUAUUACAUGUAUCUCACAAAUUGAUUUUGACAAUUCAAAGGUGGAUUAAUCAUUUAACAAUCAAAGAAUAUUUGGUGAAUUUUGUUAUACGGCACUGAUUUCCUCAGAACAUUUUGCAAUUUUUUUUCGGUUUUCUGGUUACGAACAUUCUUAUUUGAAUAACGAGGGAGUACUCAAACCUGACCCACAGAGUUGAAUCCAACUUCAUAUAAUGUACUCAUUAUUGGUGAUUCUCAAGAAUUCAUAACUAAAACUACAAAAACCAUGCCACCAGCAUUUCAUGUUUGAUAUACCAGUACUCAUUAAAAAAAAGAUUAAACGUUUGCAUGGGAGAAAGAAUAGAUAGAAUUGUAUAUUUAGCUAGGCUGUGCAAUAUAAAGAAGAAAAGAAGUCUCAUUCCGGCUGGUAUACAUCAAAGUUGGAGGAUCAUUUUGUUUAUUAUUCAUUUCUUUGUUUUAUUUAUGUAGUUGUAUUUCUUGUUUAUAAAUAUAUUUGAAAACUCAUGAAUUGUUUGCAUAACAUAUGUACAUAGAAAGGGCAUAGCUGCCUCACAGUAAAGACAUAAAAUAAACAUGUAUGUAUUUCAGUAUUGUUAAUUAUUUCUAACAACCUUUUUUUUCUCUCAUCUGUGGCAGCUAUUUGUAAUAUAAUGUAUAUACAUAUAUGUAUCAUUUUAGAGUACUGUAAAAGAGAGGGGAAAAUGUAUUAUUAAUGUACACUUUAGAGUCUGCAUACAUGCACAUAUACAUAAAGUCAACCUUCUUCAAGUCAAGUCAUUACUAAAGCAUACAUGUAUUUCCUGACCAGAGGCCCUUUUCAUAAAAACUUACAAUCAAACUUAGUCUUUAUUUGUUUGGAACUUCCAUAAAAACCUUGAUUUUGAUUGGCUGCUGAGCCCUGUUAAUGUGGAAGUUACCAUAAUUGUAUUCCUUUCUGAAACUGACCCCAAUAGUAAAAAUACACUACUUCUCAUUAAUAUUUAUGUCUCUAAAUAAUCUGGCAUUUUGAAGAAUAUUUUAGGACUAUCUUCCUUCCUUUUGUAUUCUUAUUUUUCGACAGUGCUUUUGAUAUCAAAGGAGUUUGUAAAGAACAAGUAUACCAUCAUUUUAUAUAUUUGGAUGAAAUUAUAUCACUUUUUUGUAUAGGGCCGAGUGGUUUAGGCCAAAUGUGUAGAUAGAAAAUAGAGUCGUGCAUGACUGUACAAACGGCGUUUUGAAGAAGUACAAGAAUGAAUUCAUGUACUAGCUGCUCGUGCAUGCAAGAUUUUUAAAAGUUACUCGACAACCGUUGCAUUAUCGGUAUUUCUCUGUUCAGGCACAUUGAAUCAAACAGGAUUUUCAUUCUUUUUAUGCAAGCAUUGAUGAAGAAGUUAUUUCGUAUCAAUGUUAUUUAGGGGUGAGGAUUCUGUUCGCCAUAAAUUAUUUGUAAAUUGAUGUAAUGUCCCAUAUCCAUAAUGACAUUCUAGCGUUCAAAUACUUGUACUAACAAUUAUUUGUUCACUGUCACAACUUUAUCAGCAAUUUGACCAUCGUCAAUAAUAUAAUAUAAUAAUAAUCCGUUUUUUAUAUAGCGCUUAAUACAUCGGAACGACGUGUCUAAGCGCUUUACAGAUAUAUUAUUACCCCGGUCAUCGGAUUCAAUCAGUCAUUCCCGCUUUUUAGUUAGUCAAAGCAUCCUCAAUUGCACAUUGUUUCAAAGUUGCCAGCAUUUCAGUAUUGCAGUAUUUCAUCAAACAUCCGGACUGGAAAUUGAAUUUAAUCAUAUCUUGCACUGUGUACAAAAGCAAAAUGUACUGGAAUAGUAUCUUUACUUAUUAUCUGUAAAUAAUGUACAUAUUUUCCCACUAUCUGUAAACAUGUAUAGACUUUGCAGUAUUUAAUAUUUUCCAUUUCCAUUUAACAUAAUCAGAAGCUUGCCAAAAAUGUCCAAACAUCACUUCACAGAGCUUCACGCAUUCGUCGGGUGAAACAAUAAUGAAUAAGGUUGAGUAACAUGGUGGGUUAUGUUUAUUAUUAUUAUCUCUUGGAUUCUUCUAAUUAUAUUUAGUGACAUGUUCAUUGGCUGGUAUCAUCAUCUAAUCAUUGCAAAAUUAUAUAAUCUGUAAUAUAAUUCUUGAAAGCUUUUGUAUAUGACAUUUACAUGCUUGGACCAAAUUUAUCUUUUUUUUUAAUGAUGCACUUUCAUAUGUAAUCAUUGGCUCUUGAUAGCCUUCAAAUUGGCAACUAACGAUACCAUACAAAAGUUAUCUGCUGCUUAGUGUAAUAUAUGUCUUGCUUUUUUUUUAUACAACUGAAUGUGAAUGAUAGUAUGUUUCAUCAUUGCUGACUCUAUGUAAUUACAAAUGUAUAUCUUAUAAAGAGUAUGUAAUCAAUUAGGGGAAGGCCCAAAGCAGCUAUCUGGUUCCGCUAACACAAAAUUUAUAGACUGAUUGUAGGCAUUUUAUAUUUGAUUGCAUUGAUCUUCAUGUGCAUUCUAAUUUAUAAGUUGUUUUAUGAUCAGUAUAAGCUUUUUGUUAAGGACAAGAACAAAGCAUGGAAUUUGGCUCACAGGGCUAAAAGCAAAUAGCCCUGGUUGCAUUAUCUGUUUUAGGGGUAUGAUUCUGACAACAUAUCUAAAUGCGUUAUACGUUGUAGUCAUGUUUUUGUUUUGUUGUAGAAUAAAUCUAGAUUUCUUUGCUUGCUUUGAAGGCAAAGGAGUCAGAAAAGCGGAA